UGAAACACGAUCUGCCCCGCGCCAGCCGACGAGGGAUCGCGCACGGUGGCGGUGGACCAGGCUGUGCUGCCGCGUCACCCACCGUCGGUGAUCGCGUCCCAUGCCUCCCACCCAGAGCCCCAAUCGCCCCGGGACCGACAGCAUCAGCUCACCUCAGUAUUAAAAUCCCAGUCUCCCUCUGAUCCCCCACACCCUGGCCCCCAGCCCGCUCAGCUCAGCUCACCCUCGCUCGCCACCACUCCGCCGCCGCUCCCCUCGCCCGGAUCUCGCCAUGGGCGUCGCCACCAACGGCUCGGCGGCGGAGCAGGCGCCGGCGCCGGCGCUCAAAUUCCUCAUCUACGGCCGCACGGGCUGGAUCGGGGGCCUGCUGGGCGGCCUCUGUGCGGCGCGCGGGAUCCCCUUCGCCUACGGCGCCGGCCGGCUCGAGAACCGCGCGCAGCUGGAGGCCGACAUCGACGCCGCGGCGCCCACGCACGUGUUCAACGCCGCGGGCGUCACGGGCCGCCCCAACGUCGACUGGUGCGAGACGCACCGCGCCGAGACCGUCCGCGCCAACGUCGUGGGCACGCUCACGCUGGCCGACGUCUGCCGCGCCCGAGGGCUCGUGCUCAUCAACUACGCCACCGGGUGCAUCUUCGAGUACGACGACGCGCACCCGCUCGGCUCCGGGGUCGGCUUCAAGGAGGAAGACACGCCCAACUUCGUCGGAUCAUUCUACUCCAAAACCAAGGCCAUGGUUGAGGAACUGCUCAAGAACUAUGAGAAUGUAUGCACCCUUCGUGUAAGGAUGCCUAUUUCAUCGGAUCUCUCCAAUCCUCGCAAUUUCAUUACCAAAAUCACCAGAUACGAGAAGGUUGUCAACAUCCCGAAUUCAAUGACAAUACUGGAUGAACUUCUUCCCAUCUCGAUCGAAAUGGCGAAGAGAAACCUGACUGGAAUAUGGAAUUUCACAAAUCCUGGUGUGGUGAGCCACAACGAGAUACUAGAGAUGUACAGAGACUACAUCGACCCAAGCUUCUCUUGGAAAAACUUCAAUCUGGAAGAGCAAGCAAAGGUCAUAGUUGCACCGAGGAGCAACAAUGAGCUCGAUCAAACUAAGUUGAAGAAUGAGUUCCCAGAGCUUCUGUCCAUCAAGGAGUCGCUGAUCAAAUACGUUUUCGAGCCAAAUCGGAAGACAUCCAAGGCUUGAGAAAUGGAGCUAUACUCGACUGUAUGUUGGUGCUAUUUAUUCCAUCCGAAUUGACAUUUUUCUCUAUGGCGAUCAUCAAUAAGCACGCCCCCUGUUUCGUGUUCAUUGUAUUUGAAGCGGAUAGGUUUCUCAUAGGAUGCCACGCCAUACUCCUUGUUACGGUCAGAUCAUUAUACGGAGAAAGACAAGGUGUAAUCUAGCUCAACUUUCCUCCUGGGGUAUUAUCAAUACGAUGGGAAUGAACCGAGGAGCUUCCUCUGUUGUGCCAAAA